AUGGCAACCCAGUACACAACCGACAUCCCCAUCUCCUCUAGCCACACCCAGCAAGCGUUCAAGCUCCUCGAGCUCCCACCCGAGCUGCUCUCCCUCCUCGAGUCCGAGAACCCCCCAACCCUCACCAUCACCUCUUCCACCUCAGCCCCAAGCUACGCCAUCCUCACCCACGGCACAAACAAAUACCAGAUGCGCCAAAAGAACACUUCCAACCCACUCCUCAUCCUGCAGCCGUCCCGCACCGGCCCGACCCCCGUCGACGACGCCGACGGCUUCGUCAGCCAGCCGAGCGUCACAGCGGUGGCGAAGAUCGAGGACACAGUGGAGCUGAUCUUGCAGGAGGAGGCUGGGCCCGGGGAGAAGAAGAAAGACGCGAAGGUGAACAAGUGGCAUGAGAAGUUUGCGAGGAGUAGAGCCGAGGGGAAGAGGUGA